AUGAAACCAUCGACCUUUUCGAUUUUAGCGGGAAUUGUCAGCAUCACGACAACUGCCAACGGAGCUCGAAGUGAUGCGGAGGGCGUUUGGAAUGAGGCACAGCUAAGCUAUGAAAAGUUCACUGAAGAGUUCCUCGCCAACGCCACUACUUCAAAUGGUUCUUGCAACAAAGAAAAUGUCCGCUCGCGCCAGCGGUGGGACGACUUGUCAACAGAUGCACGGCUCGAGUACAUACGUGCGGUAAAAUGCUUAUACUCACUCCCAUCCACAACGGAUCCUCUUGUUGCACCCGGCGCUAAGACUCGCGUCGACGAUUUUGUCUACACUCACAUCAACCAGACAAAUUUCGUACACGGUUCCGGAAUCUUCCUCCCCUGGCAUAGAGAGUUCAUGUGGCUCUAUGAAAGUGCGCUCUAUGAUGAGUGCGGCUUCAAGGGAACUGGUGUGCCUUACUGGGACUGGUUCCUUCACACGGACGACCAAGCUAGUUCGCCAGUCUUUGACUCAGGACCAGCAGGAUUUGGCGGCAACGGCCUCUACAUCCCACACGAAGCAAGCAACGACACUCUAGUUGAUGUGCCCGGACCCGUCUGGGUGGACCGAGAUGCUGGCACUGGUGGUGGCUGUGUCGUCGAUGGCGCUUUUGCCAAUCUCACACUCACCCUUGGUCCUGUCGUUCCGGCAGAUACCCCUGCGGAUGAUCCAUAUGGUCUCAAAGGCAAUCCACGAUGCCUGAAGCGCGACUUCCUGCAGCCUCAAAGCUCGGCUCACCUGACAUUCCAACAGGCGGCCGAUCUGCUUGAAACGACCACCUACGCCGAGUUCCGUGCCGCCAUUGAUCAAGAUGAGAUGCAUCCGGCAUCGCAUAAGUUUCUCGGCGCCGACGGCUACGACUGGUAUUCUUCACCCAAUGACCCGGUUUUCUUCCUCCUACAUAGCCAAGUUGACAGAAUUUGGAGUAUCUGGCAAACCCAAGAGUAUCAUACACGCACAAACCAGGUUGGAGGCACCGUGACCUUCCGCAAUACCCCACCCUCUGCGAACGCUACACUUGAUACUGUGCUAAGAAUGCUGACUGCCGGGCCCGAUGUUUUGUUUGGAGAAACUGUCUCUCCGCUUGAGAAUUACUGCUAUAGAUAUGUUUAA